UUGCUCUCAGUUGAACUUCACAGAUACAUGAACAAUGUCUCUGUCAGAUUCUGAGAAGGAAGCCGUUCUUGGCAUUUGGGGAAAAGUGUCUGGAAAUGUGCAGACUUUUGGUGCUGAAGCUUUGGAAAGACUUCUCAAGUCCUUUCCCCAAACUAAGAUUUAUUUCAGCCAUUUUGACUUGAGUGAGGGUUCUGCUGAUAUUAAAAAACAAGGGGCUAAUAUCCUGAAAGCUAUUGGAGAAGCUGUCAAGCAUCUGGAUAAUUUGGAAGGGACUUUGUCCAAGCUUAGUGACCUCCAUGCCUAUAAAUUGAGAGUGGACCCAGGAAACUUCAAGUUGCUGUCUAAUUGCAUCCUUGCAGUACUGGCUAUACACUUCCCAGAGCAAUUCACAAUAACUGCUCAUGCUGGAUGGGAUAAGUUCCUCUCUGCUAUUUCAACUGUCCUGACUUCAAAGUACAGAUAAAAUGUCUGGGGAAAAAGUAAAACCUCCCAUGAAACUUUUUUGAUGUUUAAAACUAUAACUUUUUAUAUAUGGGAGUUAUACUAAUAAAUGAUAUUUGACAAAAUAAAAA